UCAACUUUUACUACGUUCAUGGUAAAGAGUGAAAACAAUAACAGAAUUGUCGUACGCUUAGAGGUUAAGAGAAGAAAGAUAUAUUGUCUGAAUUAAGAGAAACGGAAAGUAUUAUAUUAAAAUGGAAAAUAGUGGUGAAAGUGGCGAUGACGGUGGACCUUUAGGCCCUACAACCUUUUUAGGAGGAAGCGGUGUUUCGGCUUCCUACAUAGGCGUACAAUCGGACGACUUGGAAGAAAAUACAGAUGAUUCCAAUCACGGGGGUGGAGAUCCUUUGCAAAGCAGCGGAGGUGGAAGCGGUAGUGGUCCUCUACGAGAGCAGGAUCGUUUUCUUCCAAUAGCUAAUGUUGCUAAAAUUAUGAAACGGGCUAUACCGGAAGCAGGAAAAAUAGCUAAAGAUGCGCGCGAAUGCGUUCAAGAAUGCGUUUCCGAGUUUAUAUCCUUUAUCACGUCCGAGGCCAGUGACCGAUGUCACAUGGAAAAACGUAAAACCAUAAAUGGGGAAGAUAUAUUAUUUGCCAUGACAACUCUUGGCUUCGAUAAUUAUGUAGAACCAUUGAAAGUUUAUCUACAAAAGUACAGAGAAGCUACCAAAGGGGACAAUCCUUCGGGGACAGGAACGACAACGGGUAAUGGGAAAGCAGAAUCUCAGGGUACCAUAUAUGAGGAUCAAUUGUUCGCUAUUGCAACAGAUUCCAAUGCUACUACCUCCGAUACACCUGUUAUCUACAGCUACUCAUCUACCGAUCAGAUGCAGUUCCAACUUUCUUGAUCAGUGCAUUUUAAACUGUUAUUAAUGGAAUUUUUUUUUAUUGCCUUUUGUAGAAGACAAUGGAACACAAGUUUUCAUACGAAAGAAAAAGAUCAAUCUAACGCAUUAAAGUUUGAAAAAUAAAUAGCACAUGAAAUAUUUUAAAUGUUCUUUAUAAAGAAAUACGAUGGAAGGAAAUAAAUUAAGAUAUUUAUCAACAAACGUUCCUUUACUUCAUCAAACACCGGAGGGGUAGAAAAAAUGUGGCCGAUCUUUUAUUAUCCUCACUGUGAGCACUAACUUUCAUUAAACUAAAAUUAUCCUGUAUGAUAUCUUGAGACUUGUUUCAAGCCGAAUAAUGUCGAGAUAUGCUACUUUAUCUUUCUUUUUUUAUUUUGUCCUCUUCUUCUUUCCUUCCUCCCUUCCUUCCUCUUUUCGUAUCUUCUUCUUUUCUCUUCCUUGGACAGAAUCGGCAGUAGAUCGGCGUGUAGAAUUCGGUAGAAAACGUUUGAAAUCAUAUUUUCAUUCAGGUAAUUGGGCAGGAGAGAGUAAGAGUUCAUGUCCCUUCGCCGACGAUGACACUUGGCAAGACGAGUGUGUGGCUGGUUGCUGUGGCACUGGGGAAAGAAGCGAGGCUGUCUGCAUUGGACCAGAUGGACGCGUUUCCGUCUUCUGUUUUUCCUUUUCUUUCUUGUUUCGGGACUGCUUACAAAGGCACCAACGGCAUUCGCCGCAGCGGCACAGGCAUAGACAAAGCAGUACACGAAAUAGGCAGCAAAGUAGGCCAGCGCAUAGUAACGAUGGUCCGAUUAAUUUCAGCUCGGGACUGAGAAAUCCUUUCUCACCGGUCCCAACGAACGAAAUCACUAGGCCAAGAGCCGUGGCACCAAGCCCGGCGUAAAGUACGGUGUUCACAGCUGCAUUCACUUCGGCUCUACGACGAUUGACGCUACCGCUUAUGUCGUCGUCGUCGUCCUCUCCGCUACUGCCAUAACAAUAACUGGCAUCUCGUAUCUGUGAUAAAACAAUUUUAUCUUAACUAUCAUAACGUCGCGAGUUAACUUUCCAAUGCAUUUUACAUUGUCCAAUCGAUUGACGAGUGAAUUAAUUUAUAAAAUUAAAUAGGAUUAGCCUUCAAACGAAACGCGUUACCCUGUUCCUCUUCAUCCAUCUUCGAUGAGCCUCGCAUUGUUUCGUUUUGUAUCCAUCGCCGCCGCGACACCCGUGUGGUAAAUUAGGGAAUAAAGGAAGAGGGGAUGAUCUGUUGCAUCCCUGCCAUGCUACCUUUCCAGCUCCCUGACACUGCAAUCAUUUCACUUUUCGACGUUAAUUAUUCUAUCCUAAAUGCAUCAUAAUAAUAAAAGAGAAACAUGGAUGAAACAUAGGGGCUAAGGAUAAGGUCGGUAAAUGAAUACCGUUCGAUCAAAGAUUAUAUUCUGUCUUAAUCCUUUGCUAUCAAAGAAGAUUAUUUGUAUUCCUGUUUACACACAUAUACAUAUGUAUCGAAUUAUGUUUUUUGACGACAUUGAUCACAUGAGUAGAUAAUAACGUCACACAUGAUCUACCAAAAAGAAAACGGGGAAAGAGGACGCUAACGAUCGAACGGAAACGAUUAAGAAAACGAAAAACGGAAGCGCAGCCGAAUGAAAAAAGGAAAAAGAAUAAAAAAAAAAAAAAAAAAAAAAGAAAAGAAAAAAAGAAAA